UUUUCCUCCUUCCCUUCUUCCCUUGGAAAACCACGCACCCACCGAGCCCAGCCGGCCCCAACCACUCCAACCAAAACCCAGACCCACCCCCGAAACCCAGGGCCUCGCGUCGUUUGAUGCGAUUCCGGCGGCGAUCGCGAGCGCCUCCACCACCACCCGCUCCCCCGUCCUAGCGUGCGUGCGUUCGGGCGAUCUCCCCUCUCGCGGCGGGCAUGGCUGGCGGCGGGGCGCGCGGGGGCUCGGACAGGGCGGCGGGGGCGGCGCGCUCGCCCACCACCACCACGGCGAUCCAGUCCACCAUCCAGUCGAUCAAGGAGGUCGUCGGCGGCCACUCGGACGCCGACAUCCUGGACACCCUCCGCGAGUCCAACAUGGACCCCAACGAGACGGCGCAGAAGCUGCUCAACCAAGAUCCAUUUCACGAAGUUAAAAGAAAAAGGGACAAGAAGAAAGAGAGUUCUGGUCAGAAGAGCUUUGCUGAUAGUACUGCACCAGUUGAGCAGAACCCACAAUGGAUGAAGCCGCACACACAAAGGAUUGAGAAUAAUGAUCAAAGAAGAAUUCCUAAUCAGGGUCAGAUGUCAGGCCCUAGUAGGGAAUUUCGGGUUGUGAGGGAUAAUAGAUUUCAACAUGGUGCGGUGGAGAACAGACCAGAACUAGGACACAAAGGUCCACCAAAUGUACAAAUGUCUGAUAGGAGUGUGGUUCAGUCUGGUCGAAACCGUUCACCUGCUACGACCUCAGAUGUCCAGAUCACACAUCAAAAUUUUAAGCACAACCCCCACUCUGAGACACUUCAAGGGAAGAGGGAUGCUCAGGGUGCUACGCAGAAGCAUGUAAAGCCAUAUUUGAAGAACUCUCAGAAUGAGCAGCACUUUCCAGGUUCUGACCCAACCCAUGUGCCAUCCAAUGCCAGAAAUGCUGGUGGAACUGUUGGACCUGCUAGACGUCAAGUUGGAGUUAUUAAUUCCACUAGGCAACCUGCUGGCCGUUUGGGUUCUCAGAUGCAUGCACCAGGUGGUUCUUAUGCUAAUACUCAGAGGGGGAGUUUUUCCUCUGUUGGGACAUCUGGGCGUCACUCCGCUUUUAUGUCUAGAAACAUUCAACAAAACCAGAGACCUGACGCAAUAUUUCGUGGAAGGCCUACUGGUAGAUCUUUUGUUGCCCAAAAUGUCAACAGGUAUCACCAGGGUCCUACUAGUAACCAAAAAGCUUUUCAGCCUAUUAAGGAGUGGAAGCCAAAAUCAACAAAGAAGUCAGCCACCACUGAUGCAGAUAACAGUGUAGCUGAUGCUGUUUCUCCUUCAGCUAGCAACACUGAAAAUGCUAAUGCACCAGAUGUGAACGGCUUGUCUGAUAAACUUUCACAAGCUAACUUGCACGAGGUAGAGCAUGUUAUCAUCCCGGAACACCUUCGUGUGCCUGAAUAUGAGCAGACAAAGUUAAGGUUUGGCAGUUUUACAUCUGGUUUCGAUUCGGAACAAGUACUGGCCUCAACCUCUCCGGACUCUGAAGUACCAGAACAUGUACAAGAUCCGGUUCAACAAGUUAGCGAAGACGAUAGUAUGGGUGCUGGACAUGAUGACGUGGAUGAGCAAACUAGAUCUUCACAGCACCUCUCCACAUCAACGGCUGAGAUUUCCUUACCACCAUCCGAGGAUAGUGACAGAAUGAGUGGACAAGUAGAGAAUGAUGAUGGUCUGGGCUUAGUUCAGAGCGACACUCCAAUUGGUGCAGCAGAUGGAGAAAGCACCCAAAUCACCACAACUUUGACUGCCUUUUCUACAUACGGUCAUGAAGAUCCUAAUAUGCAUUCAAAUAAUGAGGCACAGUUAUAUGGACUGGUGGAACCUAAUGUACAUCAGCAAGUACUGACUUCCACUUCUCAGGGGUACACUUCAGAAAAUCCGGAACCAGAUAAUGCUGUGCAGGUGUUCAGGAUGCCAGAAUCUAAUGUUCACUCACAAGUACUUCCUUCCACGUCUGAGGCCCUAAAUCCUCAGAUUGUGAACAACAGCCCUGUUGCUAUCUCUUCACAGCAGCAACAUAUGUCUCAGCAACAAGCCGCAGCACAGAUGUACCCUCAAAUGCAUGUGCAACAUUUUCCAAAUUUCAUGCCAUACCGACAAGUCUAUUCUCCAGUUUAUCCGAUGCCUUUGCCAAACUAUUCGCCAAAUGUUCCGUAUCCAUCAAAUGGAAAUAAUUAUCUUCAGAUGCCUGGUGGAGGUUCACAUUUAGCUGCAGGAGGCAUGAAGUAUGGAGUUUCACAGUAUAAACCAGUCCCAGCUGGUAACCCUUCUGCUUAUGGAAACUACACUCCAGCUGGUUUUACAAUGGGUUCUCCUGGUGUUAUUGGAGCUGCAGUUGGUGUUGAUGAUGUCAAUAGGAUGAAGUACAAGGACAACAACAUUUAUGCCUCAACUCAACAGGUUGAGACAUCUGACAUAUGGAUCCAGGCAGGUAGAGAGAUUCCAACUAUGCAGGUUCCUCCAUACUACAACAUAUCAGGUCAAGCAACACCUGGUGCUUUUGUGCCAAAUCCAGCGAAUGCAUCUUUCAAUGCUACGGCCCAAUCCUCUCAUGCUCAGUUCCCAGGCUUGUACCAUCCCCAGCAGCCUCCCUCUAUUGUAAGUCCACACCCCAUGGUGCAUCAACAGGUGCCAUCAGCGAUUGGUCCCAAUGUUGGGGUCGGGGUGGCGGCUCCUGGUCCCCAAGUUGGGACUUAUCAGCAGCCACAGCUCGGUCAUAUGAAUUGGAGACCCAGCUUUUGAAGGUUUCUUAAUUAUCUGUAAUUAGGGGGGUCACAAGAGCCUUUAUGUAACAACAGUAGGCUCCUUUUAACAGGAAGCACCUUUGUUUUUAGUGCAGCUCUUUCUGAUCUAUUUAAGCUAUAACAAGGUUUUUGUUAGCUUUUCCUUCCCCCAGGUGAAUUCAGUAUCCCAUCUGAACUGGUAUGAUGUAGAUUGUGAGUUAAACAUUGGGCAAGUUCUCGCACGAGCACCAAGGUUGAGUGCUUUCCAUCUUGUUA